CAGAAAAACAUGUUUUUCUCUAAUGAACCGAAGAACAUGCUUUUCUUUGAUGAACUGAAGAGCUGAAGGUAUGUCUGGAGAACUGAUCAAGAGAUGAAGCUAAGUCUCUCUGUCACAGAUGAACAGAAGCUAAGUUUCUCUGUCACGAUUUUCUCUCGGAUUUCUCGCUGAAGAACACAAUUUCUCACAGAUUUCUCACUGAAGAGUUGAAGAGCUUCUCACUGAAGAACACGAUUUUGUUGGAAUAGGGUUUUGUCAGAUGGAUCUGAUAGCUAAGUUAAGACAUCCAUAUAUCGUGGGGUACAAGGAUGAUUGGGUCAAGAAGGGGAACUGGAUAUGCAUCUUUACCAACUAUUGUGAAGGUGGAGAUAUGGCAAAGAUCAUAAGGACGUCUAGGGGAGCUCUCUUCCCAGAAGAGAAACUCUGCAAAUGGCUGACUCAGCUAUUAUUGGCGGUAGAUUAUCUGCACUCCAACCGUGUUCUACAUAGAGACGUGAAGGUAUAAACAGGCCCUGAUUUAAUGAGCUUUCCUUAUGGGAACUAUAGUCCUUCUACCUCGUGCCUCACCUUGCAAAGAUCGUGCAUCUUUUCCUUCUUCCUUACAAUGGUGGCUGCAAACAUUGUUUUCUACUUUGGAUACAAGUCUUCAUUUUGCAUUAUGUUUUUGAAAUGUUGAUGUAGAAUUGUAGCUUUCACUAAUAUGUUUCUUAGUAACUUCAUGUGUAUAAGUUGCCUAAGGAACUGCAUGUCUUAAUGUUUGCAUUUGGUUCUCUUAGUCUGUGUAUAAAUUGCUUAAGGAACUUCAUGUCCUAGCUUUAACUUAUUAAUUUUGGACAUCAUUAUGGAUUAGAAGUUCUGUUUCUGUAAUUUAAUCAUUUGUCUCUAUUUCUUUCACUCCCUCCCUUAUUUACCUAAUUUCCCUUCACAAGAGAGCUCGCGAUCUCUAGAAUCACUGCGCCUCGGAAAAUAUGCAGAUGUGACUACAUUGUUGUGCAUUGAAUUUUUAUUUUUUGGUUAUAACCAUUAUUUAUUUGAUAAUCUCAUAGCAACUUACUCUUGUAGUAGUUUAAUGAUGUCUUCUCAACUGAUAUAUUUGACAAGUGUGAGAAUGUUCUCAGUCGACUAUGAGAAAAGCAUGGAUGCAAAGUAUGUCUAUUUCUAUUAUUACAUUCUCCAUUACUUUAUCUUGGACUUUGGCUAGUGUAUCUUCUAGCUUUGGUUUAGAAUUGUUGGAACAAUUAGCGUCAAUAUUAUGAGUAUCUAUCCCUCUACAAGAUUGUUAGUAUGUUCAAGAUUUUUCUUCAUCUCGUGGUUGACGACUGUAGAGAUUGUAAUACCAGAGUUGCAUGAGAUGCGCAUUGCGCAUAUUGUUUCUAUUGGGCCUGAAUCAUUGUGCACACUGAAUCCAGACUGUGGUGGCGGGAAAGGAGUAAUAUUGACAUAUGAUACUCGUACAAAUUUGGCAUUUUUUCAUUCAUUUAUUGCAGCAGACUAUGUUGCUACUCAGCGGCUUAGGCGGAGGUUAAUGUAUUUCCAUAUGGAGAUUUUUGAGAUGGUGGAUAUCAUUGUGACACCUACAACUAGGAAUAUUCCUAUCACCAUUUCUUAUACUUCCUUCUUUAUUAGCAUGACACCACCCAGAAUUCCACCAAGUGCUAUUAAAGUUAGGGAGACUGAUUUGCAAGUUUCCAGUUUUUCCCUUAGUCACCUCUUACCAGAUAUCAUUAACUAUGGAGUUAAUUGAAACUGUACAAAGGUUGUUUCUCUACUAUUUGUAUUCAUGUAUUCUAUAUUUCAGGAAAUCUUUUGCAGUUUAUAGCAGAGAUAUUGCUUGUGUAUUGGCUUUGUGAUUGUCAACCGGUUCUUAUAUAACUAAGUCAU